UUGUACCAAGUUUGACCGCGUCGCGUUACCGUAGUUCGGUAACAUAAUGGCUGCCUACACGUUUAUCCAUGCAGUUUCUUCAUUAUCCAGUUUAAGCUGUGUUUGGAGAAAGCGGGUGUGGAAUGACAUUAGUAGAGCUAUGAUAUCAUCUUCUUCUGGCAGCCGAGAAAAAAAAGAUGUAGUGACAAGAGGAAACAGAGCCACAUUAGCCAGAAGAGCAAAAAGAGUGCCAAUUAUGCCUCGGAUAGAGAAGAUGCCAGUAAAUCAAGAGUGGAGCAGCGUGUACCCAACUGCAUAUUCAUUUAAAUCCAACGCAGUUCCUCUACCAAUUCGUAUGGGUUAUCCAAUGAAGAACAGCAUACCAGCAGAAAAGAAAGGAAACUUAGAACUUAUCAAGAUUCCAAAUUUUUUGCAUUUAACUCCAUUAGCAGUCAAGAAACAUUGCUCUGCACUAAAAGCCUUCUGCACUACUUGGCCUGAUGUGCUGGACAGUGAUUCUAAAUUUCAGAAGAAUUUCCCCAUCCAGGUGGAGAGUAAAGAUUUUGUUUCUUCAGGACCUUCUCUUAGAAAUCCUAAUGCACGGAUUGUGACACUGUUUGUUAACCUUAAAGAUCUGAAUUUGGAUCAUCAUUCAGAAAAGAAGUUAAUUAAACUUGCUGGAGAACGUUACAACCCCAUGACAGAUACCAUUGCUAUCACAGCAGACAGAUGCCCACUUAGAAGACAGAACUAUGACUAUGCUAUGUACCUUUUAACUGUAUUAUAUCAUGAAUCAUGGAAACAUGAGAUUUGGGAGGAAGAAAAAACUAAAGUAGACCAUGAUGAGUAUAUAUGGAACAGCAGCAUUUCACAGACACAUAUUAUAAAUACAAUUCUCCGGAUGAACGGAUUGGAAGAUUCCCCAACUACAAGAGAACAGCUAAUGAACUCUGUGGAUCUGCAAGAAUUUCGUAACUCUGUUACCACUCUAAAAAAUACAAAGGAGACAGAAACUAGCAUCCUUCAGUACAAAGAAUCUGUGAAAAAAGUACUUGGUUUAUAAUGAGUUUUAUAAACUACUACAUGUACUUGUAUCUUUAAAUUCAUAUUAAGACAUACAUUUAAAUAAAACUGGAAACUUAAACACCAUUAUUCACUUUAAAACUUAUGUAGUACUAGCAUAAAGAUGUAAAUGUUUCACACCUUGGUUUAAUACUACCGUUGUCUCAUAACUGAAACAGUUUCAUACUACUAAACAGUUACCAGUAUGUGCUAGCUUGCACCAGAAUAAAUGUCAGAUCUUUUGUAUAAAUAUUUAGCAUUAUACAGAUUUAGGCAUGGUGUUCAGCAUGUUCAGUUAACUUCAGACCUUUUGAUCAACAGACAGUCAAGCAUCUGAAUGAACUAUUCAUGUUCUAUGGUGGAAUUGUUGGAUUAAAUAUGAUGCAAGUAAACUUUUAUACAGUUGCAUCACAGUACUGUUACUUUGGUGAAAUCUUUGACUAUUGGUAGCCAAUUUUUCCAGCUCCUUAGAAUUUCAGCACACAAAUAGGUAUAAAACUAACAGUACUCCAUUUGGCGUUCUACUAGCAUGUAACAGUACUCGGAUCUGCUGUGAAAUUGUGUUUUCUUUACCAUAAGUGUUUUUAGGUUAAUUGGUUGGGCACAAGAGUGAAUUUGUUCCUGCCUUGCACCUAAUGCUAUAGGGGAUACACUGUGACUCCUAAGGCCCUUAACUGAUUAAGGUGGUUAGAAUCCUGAUGAAGGUAUCAGAUGUCCAUAUGUUGACCACACUGUAUAAGUUAUCAGCCACUUUCCCGGUUUACUGUAUUAUUU